AUGGGGAACUGGCUAUCGCGGGACAGGGGGAAGCCAGUCGAGCGGAGUCCAGCUGAGCGGAAGUCAAACGAGGGGGACACAAGCGAGCGGAAGCCGGUCGAGCGGAAGCCGGUCGAGCGGAAGCCGGUUGAGCGGAAGCCGGUCGAGCGGAAGCCGAUCGAGUGGAAGCCGUUUGAACGGAAGCCAUUCGAGUGGGAAUUGAUCGAUAAGCAUCCGGUCGGGGGAAGCUCUCGCGGGGAUAGGGACAAGGCGUUUGCGCGGAGCCUUCGAUCUGCGAUCGUUGCGGAGAGCGCGGAGCGGCGCGGGGCGGAGGGGGGACUGGGAGAGGUUGGCCCUGCCCGGAUGGCGGAAGCACUCCGCGGUGAGGAAGGGGAAAGGCUAGCGCGCGUGGAGCAGGUGACGGGUAUAAGCGGAGGGGAAGGAUCGGGGGGCAAGCGCGGGGAUGCAGGGGGAGUAAUUGACGUGAAAGGCAUGUUAGCGGAGGGGGGUGCGGGCGAGGUGAAGGGGGAAGCGGAGGAAACGAGUGGAGUGGCGGAAGCGAUGGAGGAGGAUGCGGGAGGGGAGGCGGAACGGCCAGCGGGGGGAAGCGCGGGAGCGGAAGAAUUGAGGGAGGAGAUGAUGGUAGAGGCGGGGGUGGAGGGAGCGGGCGGAGCGGAGGAAGCAGGGUGCCCAGAGAAAGCAGGGGGAGCAGAGGGAGCGGAGGGAGCAGGGGCAGACGAGGAGCGGAGUAGAGCGAAGGGCGAGGGGGCUUCUGAGUGUGCGGCGCGGGAGGAGGGGGGCAUGGUGGAAGGGGGAGAGGGAGACGAGCAGAACGCGGAGGAAGAACUGCGGGGCGGGCUGCAGGAGGCGCAGCAGGAGCAGCGGCAAGAGGAGCAGCAAGAGGAGCAGCAAGAGGGACAGCAAGAGGGACAGCGAGAGGGAGAGCGAGAGGGACGGCAAGAGGAUGCGGGCGCUGCUGGGCUGGUGAAUGACGGGUGUGAGGAGGUGAUGAGAGACGAGGGAGGCGAGGGGUAUGAGGAGAGGACGGCAGGGGUGCGGAAUAAGGGUGAAGGGGAGAGGCAUGUGGGAGAGAGCGGUGUGGACGAGAGUGGUGUGCGAGAGACCAUGCUACUAGGAGAACCAGUGGAGGGAGACAUAGCAGGAAGGGAGGCGACGGGAGGAAGCAACAAGGAAGGGGAAGAGGGCGAUGAUGACGAGAAGGGCGGAGUGGUGGGGAGUGAGGGAGAAAGGGAUAUGGGGACGGACGGCGAGAAGGAGUUGUUGGUAGCUAAGGUAGAGCACGAGGGAGGUGCGAAGGGGAGGGACGAGAGAGGGGAGGAGCGAGAGGAGGAGGGAAGGGAUGGCACAGGGGAGAAGGGAGGGGAGGAGGGAAGGAAGGAGGGAGUAGAGGAGGGAAGGAAAGAGGGAGGGGAGGAGGGAAGGAAGGAGGGAGUAGAGGAGGGAAGGAAAGAGGGAGGGGAGGAGGGAGGGGAGGAGGGAGGGGAGGAGAGACGGGAAGAGGGAGGGGACGAGGACGGCGGGGAAGGAGAAGUGGAGAAGGCAGAAGCGAAGGGGGGGGAGAGGAGGAAGAAACUGUUGAUACUGGAUGUGAACGGGCUGCUGGUGGACACGUGCUAUGUGCGCGAUGGCAUUCCACCGGGCCAGCGCCCUCCAGACGGCCGCGCCAACAACUUCCAUGGUGCGCGCCGUGCGUGCUCGCAAGGGCCAAGGGCCCCUCAGAGCAGCAUCGGCUGCUCGUGCUUGGUGCUCCCUCUGUCGUCAUCUCACACCGCACCCUGCCCUCUGCACCCUGCCCUCUGCACCCUGCCCUCUGCACCCUGCCCUCUGCACCCUGCCCUCUGCACCCUGCCCUCUGCACCCUGCCCUCUGCACCCUGCCCUCUGCACCCUGCCCUCUGCACCCUGCCCUCUGCACCCUGCCCUCUGCACCCUGCCCUCUGCACCCUGCCCUCUGCACCCUGCCCUCUGCACCCUGCCCUCUGCACCCUGCCCUCUGCACCCUGCCCUCUGCACCCUGCCCUCUGCACCCUGCCCUCUGCACCCUGCCCUCUGCACCCUGCCCUCUGCACCCUGCCCUCUGCACCCUGCCCUCUGCACCCUGCCCUCUGCACCCUGCCCUCUGCACCCUGCCCUCUGCACCCUGCCCUCUGCACCCUGCCCUCUGCACCCUGCCCUCUGCACCCUGCCCUCUGCACCCUGCCCUCUGCACCCUGCCCUCUGCACCCUGCCCUCUGCACCCUGCCCUCUGCACCCUGCCCUCUGCACCCUGCCCUCUGCACCCUGCCCUCUGCACCCUGCCCUCUGCACCCUGCCCUCUGCACCCUGCCCUCUGCACCCUGCCCUCUGCACCCUGCCCUCUGCACCCUGCCCUCUGCACCCUGCCCUCUGCACCCUGCCCUCUGCACCCUGCCCUCUGCACCCUGCCCUCUGCACCCUGCCCUCUGCACCCUGCCCUCUGCACCCUGCCCUCUGCACCCUGCCCUCUGCACCCUGCCCUCUGCACCCUGCCCUCUGCACCCUGCCCUCUGCACCCUGCCCUCUGCACCCUGCCCUCUGCACCCUGCCCUCUGCACCCUGCCCUCUGCACCCUGCCCUCUGCACCCUGCCCUCUGCACCCUGCCCUCUGCACCCUGCCCUCUGCACCCUGCCCUCUGCACCCUGCCCUCUGCACCCUGCCCUCUGCACCCUGCCCUCUGCACCCUGCCCUCUGCACCCUGCCCUCUGCACCCUGCCCUCUGCACCCUGCCCUCUGCACCCUGCCCUCUGCACCCUGCCCUCUGCACCCUGCCCCUCUGCACCCUGCCCUCUGCACCCUGCCCUCUGCACCCUGCCCUCUGCACCCUGCCCUCUGCACCCUGCCCUCUGCAACCCUGCCCUCUGCACCCUGGCCCUCUGCACCCUGCCCUCUGCACCCUGCCCUCUGCACCCUGCCCUCUGCACCCUGCCCUCUGCACCCUGCCCUCUGCACCCUGCCCUCUGCACCCUGCCCUCUGCACCCUGCCCUCUGCACCCUGCCCUCUGCACCCUGCCCUCUGCACCCUGCCCUCUGCAACCCUGCCCUCUGCACCCUGCCCUCUGCACCCUGCCCUCUGCACCCUGCCCUCUGCACCCUGCCAUCUGCACCCUGCCCUCUGCACCCUGCCCCUCUGCACCCUGCCCUCUGCACCCUGCCCUCUGCACCCUGCCCUCUGCACCCUGCCCUCUGCACCCUGCCCUCUGCACCCUGCCCUCUGCACCCUGCCCUCUGCACCCUGCCCUCUGCACCCUGCCCUCUGCACCCUGCCCUCUGCACCCUGCCCUCUGCACCCUGCCCUCUGCACCCUGCCCUCCCUGCACCCUGCCCUCUGCACCCUGCCCUCUGCACCCUGCCCUCUGCACCCUGCCCUCUGCACCCUGCCCUCUGCACCCUGCCCUCUGCACCCUGCCCUCUGCACCCUGCCCUCUGCACCCUGCCCUCUGCACCCUGCCCUCUGCACCCUGCCCUCUGCACCCUGCCCUCUGCACCCUGCCCUCUGCACCCUGCCCUCUGCACCCUGCCCUCUGCACCCUGCCCUCUGCACCCUGCCCUCUGCACCCUGCCCUCUGCACCCUGCCCUCUGCACCCUGCCCUCUGCACCCUGCCCUCUGCACCCUGCCCUCUGCACCCUGCCCUCUGCACCCUGCCCUCUGCACCCUGCCCUCUGCACCCUGCCCUCUGCACCCUGCCCUCUGCACCCUGCCCUCUGCACCCUGCCCUGCACCCUGCCCUCUGCACCCUGCCCUCUGCACCCUGCCCUCUGCACCCUGCCCUCUGCACACUGCCCUCUGCACCCUGCCCUCUGCACCCUGCCCUCUGCACCCUGCCCUCUGCACCCUGCCCUCUGCACCCUGCCCUCUGCACCCUGCCCUCUGCACCCUGCCCUCUGCACCCUGCCCUCUGCACCCUGCCCUCUGCACCCUGCCCUCUGCACCCUGCCCUCUGCACCUGCCCUCUGCACCCUGCCCUCUGCACCCUGCCCUCUGCACCCUGCCCUCUGCACCCUGCCCUCUGCACCCUGCCCUCUGCACCCUGCCCUCUGCACCCUGCCCUCUGCACCCUGCCCUCUGCACCCUGCCCUCUGCACCCUGCCCUCUGCACCCUGCCCUCUGCACCCUGCCCUCUGCACCCUGCCCUCUGCACCCUGCCCUCUGCACCCUGCCCUCUGCACCCUGCCCUCUGCACCCUGCCCUCUGCACCCUGCCCUCUGCACCCUGCCCUCUGCACCCUGCCCUCUGCACCCUGCCCUCUGCACCCUGCCCUCUGCACCCUGCCCUCUGCACCCUGCCCUCUGCACCCUGCCCUCUGCACCCUGCCCUCUGCACCUGCCCUCUGCACCCUGCCCUCUGCACCCUGCCCUCUGCAACCCUGCCCUCUGCACCCUGCCCUCUGCACCCUGCCCUCUGCACCCUGCCCUCUGCACCCUGCCCUCUGCACCCUGCCCUCUGCACCCUGCCCUCUGCACCCUGCCCUCUGCACCCUGCCCUCUGCACCCUGCCUCUGCACCCUGCCCUCUGCACCCUGCCCUCUGCACCCUGCCCUCUGCACCCUGCCCUCUGCACCUGCCUCUGCACCCUGCCCUCUGCACCCUGCCCUCUGCACCCUGCCCUCUGCACCCUGCCCUCUGCACCCUGCCCUCUGCACCCUGCCCUCUGCACCCUGCCCUCUGCACCCUGCCCUCUGCACCCUGCCCUCUGCACCCUGCCCUCUGCACCCUGCCCUCUGCACCCUGCCCUCUGCACCCUGCCCUCUGCACCCUGCCCUCUGCACCCUGCCCUCUGCACCCUGCCCUCUGCACCCUGCCCUCUGCACCCUGCCCUCUGCACCCUGCCCUCUGCACCCUGCCCUCUGCACCCUGCCCUCUGCACCCUGCCCUCUGCACCCUGCCCUCUGCACCCUGCCCUCUGCACCCUGCCCUCUGCACCCUGCCCUCUGCACCCUGCCCUCUGCACCCUGCCCUCUGCACCCUGCCCUCUGCACCCUGCCCUCUGCACCCUGCCCUCUGCACCCUGCCCUCUGCACCCUGCCCUCUGCACCCUGCCCUCUGCACCCUGCCCUCUGCACCCUGCCCUCUGCACCCUGCCCUCUGCACCCUGCCCUCUGCACCCUGCCCUCUGCACCCUGCCCUCUGCACCCUGCCCUCUGCACCCUGCCCUCUGCACCCUGCCCUCUGCACCCUGCCCUCUGCACCCUGCCCUCUGCACCCUGCCCUCUGCACCCUGCCCUCUGCACCCUGCCCUCUGCACCCUGCCCUCUGCACCCUGCCCUCUGCACCCUGCCCUCUGCACCCUGCACCAUGCAUGCACUCCCAUUCACCACCUCUCUCUUUCCCCUUCCCUCCUCCCUUCCCCCUCUCUCGCCCACCUCUCGCCCCUCCCCGCAUUCCCCGCCCCGCAUCCUCCCCCCGUUGCAGUGUACCGGCGGCCGUUCUGCGAGGAGUUUGCGCGCUUCUGCCUGGACAACUUUUUGGUCGCCGUGUGGUCGUCAUCCCGCAUGUACAACGUGUGUGCGCUGCUGGAGUUUGUCUUCCCACAGCAGCGCCAGAACGAGAUCGCCUUCAUCUGGGACCAAGCGCGGUGCACGAACACAGGGCUGAAGCACCCGGCGAACCGCCACAAGCCCAUCUUCCUAAAGGAGCUGAGCCACGUGUGGGGCAACGUGCACCAAGACAUGCCCUGGCCGCCCGGCACGUACGGCCCCUCCAACACGCUGCUGCUCGAUGACUCGCCCUACAAGGCCGUGCUUAACCCGGUCACGCGUUCCUCCUCUGCUGCCUCCCCUUCAUUGCCUUCUUUUGUUUCUGCGGCUCCUGCUGCUCUUUUUGAGGCGCCUCAAAAUUUGUUUCUGGGGCGCCUGCUGCUCUUUGUUCUACUGCAUCCACGGUGCAGUGUCUCUCAAGCCAACCGUCCCUCUGUCACCCUGGUCCUAUCACCCUCGGGAUCUCUCCGAGCAUACCUGUCACAGCUGGCAGCAGCAGCGGACGUCCCCACGUUCGUGUGCAGCAACCCCUUGGGUCUGCCUGCCGUCAGAGUCGCUCACUUGCACGACCUGCUGCUUCUGCUCCGCCCUCCAUCCCCUCCCCCACAUGCCUCUGCUGCUCCUGCUAGAGGCGCUUCACAUCGUGCUUCUGCCCCCUCCCAUGCUGCUGCUGCUGCUGCUGCUGCUGCUGCUGCUGCUGCUGUGGGUGCUUCUGGAAAAGGGGGCGGUGGGUUUGGGGGGGAUGCAGCUGGGCAGAAGAGGAAAAAGAAGCAGAAGAAGAAGCAGAAGAAAAAGAAACAGAAGAAGCAGAAGGAGGCGUUGGCGCAGCAGCAGGGGGGUGAGAAGGAAGGAGGGGAGGAUGAGAGCAUGCAUGGUUCAAGUGCACUGGAAGGGAGUGCUUCCUUGAAUCAGCAUGUUGGUGGUGGUGAGGGAGGCGUGGUUGAGGAAACAGCUAGGCGGAAAGUAGAAGUGUCAGAAGGAGAAGAAGAAGAUGAAGGAGAGGAGGACGACGAGGAAGAAGAGGAGGAUGAGGAGGGGGAUGAGGAGGAUGGGGAGGAGGAGGAAGAGGAAAAUGGCGAUGGCGCCGAGGGUGUUGAGAAUGCUGCUGGGGCAGGAGCUGCGUCUGUGCCUGUCACUAAUGGAGCCCCCACCCCUUCUGCUACUGAGUGGGUCCCAGCGGUGCCUGUUACCCACCACAGUCGCUGGGACCAGAAGCAAGGCUCUUUCGCUGCUGCCUCUGCUAAUGCUUCUGCUGCUGGUGGUUGCAGUGACUUUGCUGGUCGUGGUGACCUCACCACAGGGCCUAUCCGUGGGACUGCGGGUUAG